AUGGCCGCCUCGGUGACAUCCGCUCUGCUUUUCUCGCUGCUCUCGCUCGUCUCGGCAUCGCCUUACCCACUGCUUGCGGUCAGGCAGGAGGCGAUCUCCCAAUGCCCUUCUGGCGCUCCAGGCUUCGCCACCAUUGGAGCCUCCUGUAUUCGCUCCGGAGGAUCUGCUUAUGUCAAAUCCCUUUGUGGAGCAUAUCCGCCACUCACCACGGUGACUGAGUCCAUCACAGCAACCACAACCGAGUCCUUCACCGUCACUUCAGCGGCUCAGACCGUUUACACRCCGCCCCCAAUUUCCAGGACCGUGCUCUCAUGUAUCGCUGACAAGCGCAGUACCACCACGGAAAUCGUGACUGCCACGAAUGGCACUCGCACAACUCAUGUCGCGACCAACACCAUCACGGAUACGAUCACCGCAACCCAGUACACGUGCCCCAUUACCAGUCUUAUUGGCAUAGUCGCAAGACAGGCCGGGCCGUCCUCUUCACUUGCUGCACCAAGUUGUCUCUCAGAAUACAGAGAUGAACGGGGUCGAGAGGGAAUCAGAGAUGCGUGCAGCUGUCUGAUCGCUGCCCGAAGUACUGGUACCACCACAAUCACGCUCGCUAUUGACACCGCUACCUCUUCUGCUACGAAUACCAUUCUUGGAACUACCACCAUCAGAGGAACCACAAUCGUCACGAACAUCACCACUGCUUACGCUACGGUGACUAGGACUGACACUAUGACAACAACGGUCCCUCACAUCACAGCCCACGUCAGCACCACCACUGUCCUCACCACUGUAACAACCAUUCUCCCAACUCCCACCCCGUCCCGCUUCCGCCUCUACUACAACUCCACAUCUACCUCUCCCUCCUCCGGCCUUCUCCCCAAGAAAAUCUUUGCCGGCAAAGUGCCUGCCCCUGGAGACCCUACCGUCUCCGAACUCGGAUUCUCCAAUGCCACCCGAGCAGGCGACAUCUUCACCCUCAACCGCAACAACGAACUCGUUGACGUGACAUUUGGAAGAACGAUCACAACCAGAAACAAGCAGGAUGCCUAUCCCUUCUUGUUCCUCAACAGAGACGAAGAUAUCGAUGCGGAUGAUAGUCUGAUAAUCCCGACUUGCUCUGUCUGCAGUGGCGUGCUCACUUGUGGAAGUCAGAGUCGUUUUGCGGUUUGUUUGUCGCAGCAAUUGUUAACUUUGGGCCCUGCAGGAAAUUGGGCUGGGAAUGGAACCGAUUGCAAGUUUGUUGAGCUCGGUUUGGAGGCGGUGGGAGGGAAUGUGACGAGAAUUGGAUUUUGA